AUGCUUCACUCCAUCAUUACUGCUGUCGCCCUCCUGGGCUGCCUCGCGCGAGGCCAGCUCUCUGGCAAGGUCGGGCCGACCACCGACUUUGCGAGUAAAGCAGCAAAGAAAGUCUGCAAUGUCCUGGAUUACGGUGCCGUGGCCGACGGAAAGACAGAUCUUGGUCCACCUCUCACAAGUGCCUGGGUCGACUGCAGGAAGGGCGGCCUGGUCUAUAUACCUCCAGGUACCUUUGCCAUGAGUACCUGGGCGUCCCUGAGAAGUGGCCAGGGAGCAGCAUUGCAGCUCGAUGGUAUCAUCCAAAGAACCGGGACCGACGGUGGCAACAUGAUUUCUUUUCAAAGCUGUGAUGACCUCGAAAUCUUCAGUGGCAACUCCAAAGGCGCAAUCCAGGGCUUCGGAUACCAAUUCCUUUCGCAAGGAAACUAUGGCCCUCGCUUCAUACGCCUGACGGGGGUGACGAACUUCUCUAUGCAUGGUUUCGCCUUGGUCGACUCACCUUCAUACUACUUGGUUUUCGACAGUUCCAGCAAUGGGGAAAUCUACAAUAUGAUCCUACGGGGCAUCACGGUUGGGAUGACUGAUGCCAUUGACAUCUGGGGCAACAAUAUCUGGGUUCACGACGUCGAGAUCACAAACGGAGACGAAUGUGUCACUAUCAAGUCACCGGCCAACAACAUUCUUGUGGAGGACGUCCACUGCAAUAUAAGUGGUGGAUGUGCGAUUGGGUCCCUCGGUCUUGAUACGAACAUCUCCACUGUACAAUACAAAAACAUCUACUUGAAUCAAGCAGACGGAGCGUAUGUAAAGACAAACGGCGGCAGCGGGACGGUGGACUCGAUCACCUGGGAGAACAUCAUCAACAACGGCGGCUCAUACGACAGCGGUGGGGCCGGCGUCCAACUGAGCAACCUCACAUUCAGGAACUGGCACGGAUACAACAGUGAUUCAAAGCGCCCUACGAUCAGGCUGCAGUGCGAUGACUCUGUGCCCUGCACUGGCCUCACCGUUGACAAUGUCAACCUUUGGACCAGCGAUGGAAGCAAUGAGGUUACCUGGGUAUGCCAGAGCGCUUAUGGAACUGGGGCCUGUCUGCGCAAUUCAGGCAGUGCGUCGUAUGCCGCAAGCUACACGACUAUCAAGACGGCGCCGGCCUACGCGGCAUCGACAAUGCCGAAUGACCUCAAGAGCGCAUUCCCUAGUACGGCAUCAUUCACCAUUCCCCCAGUUCCUACCACAUUCUAUCCUGGGAAGGCUCCGGCAUCCACUCUUUUGAGUCUAUCCGGACCUGGUGGUCAAUGA